AUGCUGCAGAAAACUAAUCCUGGAACUAUCGUGCACAUGCAAACAGAGGAAGACAACAGGUUCAAGUACUUGUUUGUGGCACUAGAUGCUUCAAUAAAAGGAUGGAAGAAGUGCAAACAUAUAAUAGUUGUUGACGAAACUUUCCUUAAAUCAACAUAUGGAGGUACAUUGCUCUCUUCUUGUACACAAGAUGGAAAUGGGCACAUUUUUCCGCUAGCUUUUUCUGUUGUGGAUUCAGAAAACAACAACUCAUGGCAAUGGUUUUUCACAAAACUAAGAGAAACAUAUGGGAUCAGAGAGGAACAGUGCUUGAUCUCAGACAGAUAUGAGAGCAUAAUUAAGGCAGUUGCUCAAGUAUUUCCAGAAAUAACGCAUGGCUAUUGUGUAUACCACCUGUUAAGCAACCUGAAAGCAACCUUCAAGAAGAAUGCAAGCAAGCUCGAUAAACCAUUCUUCGCUGCAGCAAGAGCAUACAUAGAGAGAAAAUUUGAAUACCAUAUAAGCGAGCUGGACAGCUUGGAAAUUCGUGUCAGACCAUAUUUACAACAAGUUGGAUACCAUAAAUGGUCAAGAUACCACAACAAACACAACAUGUAUUCAACUAUGACUUCAAACAUUGCUGAAUCUCUAAAACUUAGCAGCUAG